AUGCACCGACUGCGAAACUUGAGCGCCCUUGGCAGUGCCGACCAGGUCAGCACAGUGGCUAAAUGGGCUGGCACCACGAGCGCGGCCAGCGGCCACCCCCUACUUCACCCCUACUUCACCCCUACACCCCUACUUCACCCAUACUUCACCCCCCCACAUUGGAUUUCGCGAGCAGCCAUUUUCGCCUGUGCAGUCUUAGUGUGGCCGCGUUUGUUCCAAUUGCGGCAUAAGGCUAAUCGUCGCCAAGGAUCCACCCCGUUGUCAGCAUACAGUACCUCCUUCGGUACAACGUCUCUAAGGACAACGACUUCGGUAGACGCCCGGCCCAGUCGAGUACGCGUCAGACUACAAGUACAAGGUGAAUGGCUUGGCUACGACCUCAAGGAUUGCACGUGGCAAACGGUCGAGGACCUGGAGGGAGCAAAGAAGGUGGAGAAGUACGAAACGGAUCGCGCCCGCAUCGCCGCGCUGAAGUCUGGACGAGAGAGACUACACAAGCACAAGUCUUGA